ACAGGUCUGCGGUGCUGUAGAACAACACGUAAAUAAACAGAAAGAGCUGCAGUUGGCCAUGAAGUGUGUGAAUACAGCUAAAUAUAUCAAAGAUUUUGCACAGAUACUCAAUUCGUUUCCCACAGAGGACGUCAUCAACAACACCUUCAUUCCUCAGCUGUUGAAGACCAUGAAUAAAAGUCUACCACAAGAAAAGUGUGACCAGGAUGGAAGACACCAAUUAUCAGACGUGACGCGUCUUAAAGAGGAACUCAUCAGUAACAUUGCAGAAAGUGUUUCAAACUCAUUUGUUGAGGCUUGUUCCAGACACAUGACCUCCGUCGUUACCAGAGCAUACAUGAGCAAAAUAAACCAUGCUGUUGGUACUGCUGUUAGCAAUGUACUCGGCAGGAGCACCACUCAAAGUUUCUUUGAAAACCAGGUGUAUAAGCACCAAAUGAACCAGGAUUUCCAAAGUCCGAAUAAGUCCCUGUCAAAGGCCGACAAGAAGGACUUAGAUGGUUACAUCAAGGAAAUCAGUGAUGUUGACCGCCCUGCUACAGCUUUGGACAUCCACAUCCUCACACAGAGUGACGCUCUUCAAGGCAAAGGCAUCAAAGUGGUUACGGUGGACAAACAUGGGAAGAAGCUUUUAGAGGAUUAUUUUCCAGGGAAGGAUAGCUCUGCAAAAGACAUUGUGCUUCAGCUGAGGAAAGAUCCAAAAACUCCACAACAGAAGGAGGGAUUUCUCUCAAAGGCCGACAAACGGAUCCGCGGUGAACAGAAGCCCUACACAGGACAUUUUGAACUUUUGAGUCCAGAUGGGUCUGUGGUCCCAGUGUAUUCAGAGGGUCAAAACUGCCUGUAUCAUGCUGUUGUCCAGGCAACCAGCAGAAAUACAGCUGAUCUGAAAGAGCACGCCGCAAGCCUUCGAAAUCAAGUCAACAAUUCAAUCCAACAAAACCCACAGAGAUACGCAGCAGCUCUGAAGCUGCAGAGAGGAUAUGAAGCAACAUCCAAAUCUGCCAGUAAAUACUCCAUCACUGGAGGAGCAAAAAAGGAAAGAGAUGUGAUCAAAGAACAAUAUCAGCAGAUGUUGAACAAGAUUAGGAAUCAAGAUACUCGCAAGAUCCUUCACACGGACAUCACACAGAACAAUCUUGGAUGGGUUGGAGCAUAUAAUGAUGUUAAAGAUCUCCGAAAGGAAAAAACAGCAGCAAACACCAAACCUGUGAAUGCAGACCACAUCCCACCCAUAGACUCCUUUAAGAAGGCUCAUCAGGAGUUAGCUAGAACAGGAAAUUUAGCCAACUUUAAACAACAGCAUCCAGGGCUUUAUUUACUGAUUGAUGAAACUGGUAACCGUGGGCUGUGCAGGGAAGUUCUUGAAGAGCAUCACAAACGUACCCUGACCUACGGUAAAAGCUCAGAGUCUUGCAGGAUCAGGGAAAAACUCACUGAGGUUAUGCUUAGUGGAGAUGCAGUUAAACUGAUGAAAAUGUCAAUGAUUGUGGCCAAUCCAGUGAUGUCAGAGUCUCUGAGAAGACAAAAAGGAAUCCUCCGACAAUACAAGGAUGCGGAUAAUAUGCCCCAAGACCAGACAAAACUGUACCACAACUUAGGAGAUAAUCUUUUAGUGGAAAGAUACUCAGCAUUAGGAGUCUUAGACAACAAUCAGAGAAAUCAGCUUUCUAAGUGGCUAGAAAAAGGACAAUUGUACUCAGAAAAUACUCCGGAGUAUAAGGAACUCAAAGAAGUGAUCCCACCUUCCAGUCCAACCAACAAAAAAAGAACUAGAGAAUAAAUGAAGCUGCUUUCAGUUGCUGGGAGUUUUACUUCCAUCUCACAUGAAUUCGGAUGCCUUUUAAUUGAUUUCAUGGCUGUUUUCUUUUAAAGCUGUUGCUUCUCGAUCUUCAGAGGUUUUUGCUCUGCUGAGAUUUCCUGUUGUGUUAAAUUGACGAUGUCUGUCAACCUAAAUCAGCUGGUUUUAAACUAGUUGUUUCAAACUUGUUUAGAAGAGAUGUUUUACAUGAUAUGCAAGGGUGGGGUUUAUUAGGUAAUGUCUAAUCUCUAAUAAUCUUUUCUUUAUUUGGGAUCAUGUUCUGUCGUGUUUCAUUAAUCACUCAUGACUCAAUCAUUGUCAUGAUCUUGGUUUUUUGGUUCAGAAGUUUUUUUUCAUGUCUGGUUUGAUUUAGCUGAUUCACUUCACCUGUUUCUUAUUAGUCCCUCAGUGUAUUUAUACACCUUGGUUUUCAGUUUCCAUUGUCAGAUCCUUGUGGUUUUUUCCCUGUCAUGUGAUUUCUGUCAUUAUGGAUUUUUGGAUUAAAUCAUUUGUUCCUAUAUUUGGGUCCUCACCUCUAGGAUUUUUGGGAUUUAAAAAGGUUUUUGAUACAGUAGGACAUGAGUCAUUGAUAAUAAAUCUUAAGAUAUAUGAGGUGAGAGGACCGCUCUCAGCAACUUUCAUUGGUGGCAAAAAGAUAAACAAAGCAGGCAUACUGCUACCAGCUCAGAUUUACAGCUAGCUUUUUGCAUAAAAAGAAAUAAUGCUACAUCCAUGUUGUUCCUUUGGAUGUUUUUAUUUAUUUUUAUUUUAUUUUAUUUAUUUAUUUCAUACAUGGCUAUGCACAACAACAAAUUAUAACAGAACAACAACAUCAAAACACUUCUUGUUGCACCACCAUGAUAGAAAAGGAGCAGGAAGAAGUUAAACUUAUAAUACCCACCCCUUUCUUAAACAAAAACUCACAUAUAAAUGUUCUGUCGGCUAAUUACAUGACAAACAAAUCAAUACUGAAAAUCCUUAACAUACACAUUACAAUCCACACAAUUUCCGUCAUUCGAGUUCAUACAAACUAAACAUUCUGUUUUUAUACAUAGUUUUAAACUGAAACUGAAUUGAAUUCAUUUGUGGCUUCAUUCAUGUCUUUUAUAACCUUACCAUUGUCAUUAAUGAAAUAGGCAGGCCAACCCAUGGAUGCAGAGCUCUUACUUACCUUAUUUUAAAUUUUCCAGGUAUCUUUGAUAUUACUUUUAUUUUCCUUUAUCUUUGUGUUAUAAUAAUCCCUUUUAGCUUGUCUCAAUAUACUUGUCA